UUUUGGGGGAAGUUUACUCGACGAAACAUUAUUGUUGUAAUGGUGUUACGUUGUUAUGUAGUACUGAUAAUUUAGCGCUUAUUUUCACGAAUUUACCUCGGGGAAUUCUAGACGGUAACUGUGGACCACCCUGUAUACUUCGUAAUAUCGUCCUGAUGAAGGGAGGAAAUUACACCCGAUGCAAAGAUGAAUACGAAAAUGUAGCUGCAUCGCGUUCAAGCGACUGGACUCAAGUUUCUAUUUAAUCAUUAUCCGGUUCAACCAGUAUCGUUGAACCUUUCAGGAAGGAUGCUCGUUAGCUCGAAGAUACCAUCUAUUGAUUCUUUUCGCGCGGCCGUUGAUAGCGCAUUUGCGAGGAGCGUUCAUCCGACGCUAUCCGGCUGUUAAUUUGUAGCGCGAGUCUUUUGUAAUCUAUCCGACGUAGAUAAUAUUUCUCUUGGUCUCAAUUUGUCCUUCAAUCAGCGAUAUUAUCUUUGUUAAAUCAUACGCGCAGCAGGUGCAGAUUGAUUCGGUGGAUACAAGAACGAACCGAUGACCAUGACGUAGCGCUUAAGAGUUAAUUGGAUUUUCCCGGAAGUUUUGCUUCCACGUCAAUUUCUUAAUAUCAUCCCUCAAGAAUGAUCUGCCAAUCUCGAAGAUAUCGCACGCGCCGUGCGUUCUCACAUCGUUCCGAGCACCAGGCGAUUGAUCGUCGCAAGGUACAGCAUAGCGCGGGAGUUUUACAGUUGGCCGUACGCUGAAGGGUCCAGGUUCAGAGACCGGUAACCUGUUAACCUUCUAAAUAUGCACGGGGAGUCGGGUCCAUUUACCUCCGAUAACGCUAACUGACCUUUCGUACAGGCAUCGUGUCUAUCCAGCGGGACACUUAGACCGCGACUGUCCGUGUCCCGCGCAUAUACCUUAUACAGGUCUACGUGCGAGCCGAGUCGGCGAAGAUUGUGGUUCCAGGCGUUGAGCUCACUGACUCCGCCGCAAGUCCGUCCAGUCCGUUCUGGGAGUGCGGGAGUGCGACAGAGCGAGACGGAAAUAUCUCGGGCGGCCAUGCGAGCUGGAGUGAACAGGUGAGAGAACGAUCACGAGCGGGAGAAGGAGAGGCGGUGAGCGCCGCGCGAGAGGGAGAGGACGAGAGCGUGUACGUAAGCGGCGGCGGCGAGAGAGGAGUCGCGUGUAGAAGGAAAAGGAGAGGAAGGGAGCCCUCAGAAAAGAGAGAGGCAAGCAACCAAGCCGAGAGGACUGUUGGCCAAUGAGACACCAGGCCGGUGAUGACGUCGCCGUUGUCUCACGUCGGAGUCUCACCAAAAGUCUUCUCCGGGUACCAGUUCGUCCGCGGUCUCCCGGCUGGACGACGAGGUGGUCGUCCUCUCGACCGUACCGCAUCGUGCCCACCGUGGUCGUCGAUCUUUUUUUUAUGGUUUCCACCCAGUGAAAUAGAAAUUCAGUCAAGAUUGCAUCCCGGAUACGCGGAAGGAUUGAGGCGGAAGGAGGCUGCUGCUGUCAGCCAUGGGGACGGCAAAGAUGAAACAUCUUUGGCCGUUGCUGGCGUGGAUACUUCUAUCUUCGUAUCCGGCCGAAUCUCGUAACGGACUCGGCUACGGAUUGAGGCGAGAAGUAUUCUUCCUGAACCUCGAGGAUGGGUACUUCGGCUGCCAGGUCAACGAGUCGACGGACAUUCUGCAGUUGCUCGAGCUCUCGAAGCUCUGCGAUCAUCGCGUCGACUGCUACCAGGGCACGGACGAACAGCGCGAGAAGCUGAAGUGCACGGACGAUUGUACAAAAGAAGACGGCACCAAAUGUCAAAACGGUGUCUGUCUGCAUUCGGUCUGUCACUGUAACGACGGCUUCGGAGGAUGCAAUUGUCAAGUUCCAGACGAGAACGAGUGUAAAUAUCGGCCCUGUGAUAUAUUUGCCCAUUGUACAAAUACGCUCGGCAGCUUUCAAUGUUCCUGUUUUCCUGGCUACCGCGGCAACGGCUUCCAUUGCGAGGACAUCAACGAAUGCGACGAUCCAGCGCUCUCCGGGCGUUGCGUCGAAAAUGCCGAGUGUUGCAAUUUACCUUCGAACUUCCUGUGCAAGUGCAAACCCGGAUAUAUCGGCGACGGUGAGGUGCACUGUGAGGACGUGAACGAGUGCACGAUACCAGGUGCAUGCGGUGACAAUACCGUGUGCCACAACAUACCUGGCAAUUAUACCUGCACGUGUCAACAUGGGUUCACGGGAGACCCGUACAACAGUUGCUUCGAUAUUAACGAGUGCGAAUUCGAGGGUGCCUGCGGAAGGGGUGCGCUAUGCGUGAACUUGCCAGGCGCGCAUAAAUGCGAAUGUCCCGAAGGAUACGACGGCAGUCCUGAGGAGGAGUGCAGGGACAUCGACGAGUGUCUGAGAAGUCCUUGCGGACGUUCUGCAGUUUGUACGAACGUGCACGGUAGCUUCCGGUGUUCCUGCCCCGAUGGAAUGAACGGCGAUCCCUUAACAGGUUGCCACGACAUCGACGAGUGUAGGGCUCUGGAGAAUCCUUGUGGCAGAAACGCGAUUUGCAAGAACGAGGAUCCCGGCUACCAGUGCGUCUGUCCGCCGGGAUACAGUGCCAGAUCCAGUCCGUCGAAUGCAUGCGAUCAGACCGACGUGACUACACUCUGCAAAUCGAAUUUCGAUUGCGUCAACAAUGCCGAGUGUAUCGAAGGCCAGUGCUUCUGCAAGGAUGGCUUCAAAGCCUCUGGUGCUGAAUGCGUGGAUGUGGAUGAGUGCCUUACCAACCCCUGCGGAUCUGCGUCAAUUUGUACGAAUACCAGAGGAAGCUAUCAUUGCGAGUGUGAGUCCGGGUUCGUUGGUACUCCACCCCACAUACCCUGCAAAGCACCUUGUGAUGAAGUAACCUGCGGCGGACAUGCUUUCUGCAAGGCCGACGGUCACGAGGCUUACUGCAUCUGCGAGGAUGGCUGGACCUUCAAUCCCAACGAUAUAGCGGCUGGAUGUGUCGACAUAAACGAGUGCGACGCGAUAAACGGACCUUCCGGAAGAUGCGGCAGGAAUGCUAUUUGCACGAACACACUUGGUGGCUUUACUUGCCAAUGUAAACCUGGAUAUGCCGGCAAUGCCUUCAAGCAGUGCAUAGAUAUUGACGAGUGCACCAAACAUGACGUUUGCGGUCAUGGAGCGACGUGUGCCAACACUGAAGGCUCUUACAGUUGCACUUGCCCGGAGGAGACCAUUCCGGAUCCCGAUCCCUACAUCAAGUGCGUCGGCAUAGUUAGAUGCGAAAUCGACGAUGACUGUCCAGGAAACGCUAUUUGCGAUCCGCAGAAGAGAUGUCUGUGUCCCGAACCCAACGUCGGAAACGAUUGUAGACAUCCGUGUGAGGACUUGUCCUGCGGACCCAACGCGCACUGCAUGCUGCUGAACGACGUGGCGACGUGCCUCUGCAGCAACGGUUACACCGGAAAGCCUGGAGUGAAGAACGGUUGUCGGGACAUCGACGAGUGUGCGAUCAAUCCGUGUCCCCCGGGUGCGAUCUGCAACAAUGAGCCCGGCUCCUUCUCGUGUCAGUGUCCAAGCGGUAUGACGGGCGAUCCUUAUAGCGGUGGCUGCCAAAUAUCCAAGACACCCCACGUGUGUGGCCCGAGCUCGCCCUGUCCAGCUGGAGAACAGUGCAUCAAGGACGAAUUCGUGGGCGACAGCGUGUGCAUCUGUCAACGCGGCUACACGCGCGACCACGAGACCGGUAAAUGCAGAGACAUCAACGAGUGCAUGGAGCUGAGAGAGAAACCUGCCUGCGGUGUUAACGCGAUUUGCAAGAAUCUGCCGGGUAGCUACGAGUGCCAGUGCCCACCGGGCUUCAAUGGAAAUCCCUUCUCGCUUUGCGAAGAAUGCAACAGCAUCGAGUGUCAAUGUCAACCGCCGUACAAGAUCGUCAAUGGUAAAUGCAUGUUGGCCGGAUGUUCGAAGGGUGAAAAGUGUCCAAGCGGUGCCGAGUGUAUAACGAUUGCCGGCGGCGUGAGCUAUUGCGCCUGUCCCAAGGGUUACACGACCAAAUCGGAUGGGUCUUGCGAAGACAUAAAUGAGUGCAUCGUGGGACACCAAGUCUGUGGUUACGGCGCCGAGUGCAUCAAUCUACCCGGUUCCCAUCAGUGCGUGUGUCCGCAUGGAUAUGGCGGCGAUCCGUAUAACGGUCUCUGUUCCCCAGCGCAGAAGAGAUGCAUCAACGACAACGAAUGCAAGGCUAACGAGAAGUGCGUGCAGCCGGGCGAGUGCGUGUGUCCACCGCCGUUCUACACGGAUCCCUUGGGCGGAAAUCUUUGCAAGAAUCCCUGCGAUCGCUUCCCGUGCGGUAUUAACGCAAAAUGCACCCCAAGUGAUCCACCGCGGUGCAUGUGCGAGGCUGGCUUCGAGGGCGACCCACAGCACGGUUGCGUUGACGUCAAUGAAUGCGCGAAUAAUCCUUGCGGUCACGGUGCAUAUUGCAUUAACACGAAGGGCGAUCACGUGUGCGAGUGCCCGAAAGGUAUGGUUGGAGAUCCUUACGGUGUCGGCUGCACGGGAGUUCCGACCGGCAAAAGUGAGUGCUCGUCGAACGACGAUUGCGAGAAUUACUUAGCGUGCGUCCAAGGAAGUUGCGUCAACCCUUGCGACAACAUACCCUGCGGUCCGAAUGCGUACUGCGAGCCGGACAAACACGCGGCAUGGUGCAGAUGCGUGAUAGGGUUCACGGAGGGCAAAAACAACGAAUGCGUCUCACAAUGCGACGGCUUCGUCUGUGGCACUGGGGCGCAAUGUAUCGUCAGUUAUGAUGGACCGACCUGUAAGUGCAUUGAAGGUUUCAUGGGCAAUCCUUUCCCUGGCGGACAGUGCGCUCCGGAUGUCUGCUCGCCCGAAAUCCCGUGCGCCGAGCCAAGCGUAUGCAUCAGCGGCCGUUGCAAACGACGAUGCGAGGGAGUGGUUUGCGGCAUCGGUGCCAUGUGCGAUCCUUUGACGAAUAAAUGCGUAUGCAAUCCAUACUUCGUGGGCAACCCGGAUCUGCUUUGUAUGCCACCCAUUCAGCCACCACUAUGCGUUCCGCAUUGCGGGAAAAACGCGCAUUGCGAGUACGGUCUUCAGGAAUCAAAAUGUAUUUGCAAUCCGGGAACCAGCGGGAAUCCUUAUCACGGCUGUGGUAUUCAAGAGAAAUCCGAUUGUUCUACUGCAGUAUGCGGGAAGGACGCACACUGCAAUGCAGGUCUCAACGCUGUCGAGUGUCUUUGUCCACCUGGCUUCGCUGGCAAUCCUUACAUCCAAUGUUUCGACAUCAAUGAGUGUAACGGAAACGCGUGCGGUAGUAACGCAGUGUGCAUCAACACCAUCGGAAGCUACGACUGCCGCUGCAAGGACAGCUUCUUCGGCAAUCCCUUCGUCGAGUGUCAGCAGGUGCAGGUGGGACCGUGCGCUGAUCCGUCGACCUGCAUCUGCAGCGACGCCGUGCCUUGUCCCUUCGAUUACACAUGCGUUGGUCACAAAUGCGUGAACCAGUGCAGCAACAUCAAGUGUGGACCCAGAUCCGUCUGCCAGAACGGUGCGUGCGUGUGCCCUCCGGGUUACAGCGGCAAUCCCAACGACCUGCACAAAGGUUGCCACUUGCACGGUCACUGCUCGAACGAUCUCGAGUGCGAGCCGCAGGAGAUCUGCUUCCAGAUCGGCAAGGGAGUUCGCAAGUGCGUGGACGCUUGCAGCAAACUACAGUGCGGACCAAACGCGCUCUGCGUCACACAGAACCACGUAUCCGCUUGCUUGUGCAUUGAUGGCUACCAGGGUAACCCGAGCAACCUGAUUGAGGGUUGUCAGCCGUCGAAAUCCGUGAUACCCGGAUGCACGCACGACUCGGACUGCCAGCCGGGCUCCUUCUGCGUCAUCCUGGACGGCGGCGUACACGAGUGCGUGGAUCCCUGCAGCAAAGUGGUGUGCGGCGCCUAUCAGAAGUGCGAGCCCGAUAUUGUACCCGGUCGCGCGACUUGUAAAUGCCAGGACAGCUACGAAUGGAAUCCGGUGCUGUCGUCCUGCGAGAAGCCAUCGGUGCCCGACUGCAUAAGUGACAACGACUGCCAUUCAAGCGAAGGCUGCAGACCGGACGCGCUCGGCGUGCUGAAGUGCGUGUCGCUCUGCAGCGGCUUCACCUGCACCGCGAACUCACGCUGCGUGACCGAGAAUCAUCAAGGCCGUUGCGACUGCCUGCCAGGCUACACCGGCAAUCCAAACGAUCGUCGUGGUUGUCACAGUCCGCGUGAAAACCGCUGUACCACAGACAGCGAGUGCGCGGAGGAUCAGACGUGUCGUGGCACCGCGGAGGGUCCACUGGCCUGCCAGCUGGUCUGCGACUUUGUCACGUGCGGUCCAAAUGCACUCUGCGUCGUCAACAACCACGUGGCGAACUGCGAGUGCCCGCCCGGAUUGUACGCGGGUGAUCCGAACGACUCAACAUCCGGAUGUCAAACAGUGCCUUGCGUCUACAACAUCGAUUGUCCACCAACGCAGCUCUGCAACCGGCUCACGCAUACCUGCUAUGACGCCUGCGACGAGAACGCCUGCGGCGUAAACGCGGUCUGCAUCGCGGAUGAUCAUAAGUCGAUCUGCCAGUGCCCGCCUGGGUUCCGGGCGAACCCGGUGCCCGAUGUCGAGUGCGUCGCCGUGGAAGCGUGCCGUUCAGAUUCCUGUCACCCGACGGCACUUUGCGUCGCCGGUCCCACAAGCAAUCCGGUCUGCCAAUGUCCACCGGGUCACGUAGGCGAUCCUUACACAACUGGCUGUCAACCGGAAGGCUACUGCUCUGGGCCCAAGGACUGUCCAUUGCACUCGGUCUGUCACGAGCAUCGCUGCGUGAAUCCGUGCGAAAAUGCGUGUGGGCCGAACGCGCUCUGCGAGAUCGUGAACGGUCGGCCGAGUUGCAAAUGCAUUCACAGAUUCGUACCAUCGUCGAAGGGUCCGGAACACGGCUGUGUGCGGGGUACCAGUUACUGCACGGUGGAUGCUGACUGCGAGGAUAGCGUCUGUCUUGACGGGCAAUGCAGAGCUGUGUGCCGUUCGGUCGCUGAUUGCUCAGAUGGAGAGAAGUGUAUUAAUAACAAAUGUAUGAUAUCGUGCAUCGCGCAUUCACAGUGUCUAGUGGAUCAUGCAUGCGUCAGUGGAGGAUGCAUUCUUGGCUGUCGCAGUAAUAAGAAUUGCCCGCCUACCGAAUCGUGCGUUAACAACAGGUGUCAAGAUCCCUGCAGUAGAAAAGAUGUGUGUGGAGCGAAUGCAAUCUGCAGUUGCACGAAUCACGCAAUUACCUGCACGUGUCCCCUGGGUUUCCACGGUAAUCCCACCCCAGAACAGGGUUGCGUUCGAAUACCAAGUGUCUGUCAAAGUCCGCACGAUUGUCCCAGUCAGCACCUAUGCGUCUCGGGAUUGUGUCAAUGCCAGUGUUCCGAUCAGAGCAAUUGCGCGCAAGGCGAACGUUGCAAGAAUGGCAUUUGCGUGAAGAUAUGCUACAGCGAUAGUAACUGCCUGCCUGGCGAACUGUGUAUUGAUGGUACGUGCGAAGCAGGCUGCACUUCUGAUGUUGGCUGUAAACGCGACGAAGUGUGCAUCAACAACAAAUGCAGAUGUAGUCACGGAUUCAUCGCUGGUCCCGACCAUUGCCUGGACAUCAACGAAUGCGAGGAUCAUCCGUGUCAUCCGAGCGCUGAUUGUAUCAAUCUCCACGGAUCUUAUCGUUGCACGUGUCCUUCGGGCACCGCGGGAGAUCCAGUAGGAUCGGGAUGCGUGCUGCUGCAUCAGUGCAUCGCGCAUCCGGACUGUCCGGACACGCAGGCCUGCAUCCAGCACAACUGCUCGGAUCCAUGCUCCUUCGUGGAUUGUGGAUUGAACACCAUUUGCUCCGUUCUGGAUCACACGGCCAGCUGUCAGUGUCAACCCGGUUACAUCGGCGAUGCAUCAGGGUGCUUCAAGGUGGAGUGCCUGUCCAACAGCGACUGUCCGACGGAUAAAUACUGCAAUCAGGAGACCAACAAAUGCAGCAGUCCUUGCAAUCAAGUGAACUGCGGAUACGGUAAUUGCGUAGCUGUCGAGCACAUCAGCGUAUGCAAGUGCUAUUCUGGCUUCGUCCUCGUUGGCGAUAUUUGCACGGACGUUAACGAAUGCUUGCAGGAUCCUUGCCACUCUUCAGCUGUAUGCCAGAACACGGAGGGAUCGUUCGCCUGCGUUUGUCCACACGGACUGAUAGGGGACCCGUUCAAAACCGGUUGCAAGCAGCCUGGAGACUGUUUCACGGAUUCUGACUGUCCGAAUUCGGCCGCCUGCAUCGACAACAGAUGCACAAAUCCAUGCGACACGCCAGGCAUUUGCGGCAGAAACGCGGAAUGCCUUGCACGCGACCACGUGCCGAUCUGCAGAUGUCCUGGACAAACUACAGGAAAUCCGGCGACGGAGUGCAUUCAUCUGGAAUGCAACUAUCACAGCGACUGUAGUCAAUCAGACGCGUGCUUUGAUCAUAAAUGCGUCGAUCCUUGCUCUCUCUCGAACGUUUGCGGACACGGAGCCGAUUGCUCGUCGCUUAAUCACAGCGCGGUUUGCACCUGCCAACCUGGUGGCACAGGUGAUCCGAAUCUUGGUUGCACUCCCGUUCAGUAUUGCAAAAGUGACUCGCAAUGCGCGACCGGUUCAGCAUGCAACGGAGGCAUAUGCACAGCGCUCUGCGGAAGUACGAGAGACUGCAUCGGCGAUCAGCUCUGCAUCAACGGUCUCUGCCAACCUACCUGCCGAAGUAAUUCCAGCUGCCCAGAAUAUCAAUACUGCCAUAAUAAUAUAUGUGUUCAAGAAUUACGUUGUAUCUCAGACAAUGACUGCUCAUACGAUGAGAAAUGCAUCAAAAAUAACAUCGGACAGGCGGAAUGCCACAGAGCCUGCGACUUGGUACUCUGCGGUCGUAACGCCGAAUGUAAGGCUGAUAAUCAUGCCGCAACGUGUUCCUGCAAAUCCGGCUUUUUCGGAAAUGCCAAAGACGAUAAAAUUGGCUGCCAAUCAAUCGAGUGCGAGGUCAAUGACGACUGUACCCAAGAAAAGAUUUGCGACUUGCAUAGAUGCAGGAUCGCCUGCCUCGCGCAUAAUCCAUGCGGAGUGAACGCUAUUUGCACGACGGAAAAACACGUCCAAGUUUGCACAUGUCAACCUGGAUACACGGGAGAACCCACGCGUGCCUGCGAACUGAUAGAUUACUGCGCGGAUGCACCCUGCGCCCCGGGUGCUCUGUGCGAGAACUCGCGUGGAUUCUACAAGUGCCACUGUCAACCCGGCACAGUUGGUGAUGCUUAUAACAGCGGCUGUCAACCGCCGGUUGAGUGUCUCCAGGAUACGGAUUGCCCGCUAACUGCGAAAUGCGUCAACAUUAACAACGUACCAAAAUGUUUCGAUGCGUGUGCGCGUAUUCGGUGUGGUCCAAACGCAGAAUGCAUCGCCAGUAAUCAUGCCGCGAGUUGCCAGUGUCGUCCCGAUUACGAGGGUGAUCCUAGUAAUCUGAGUGUGGGAUGUCGACCAAGACCGGUGGCUUGCUCUUCACACGUUGAUUGUGCGGUCAAUACUUAUUGUUACGAAGGCAUCUGUCGACCAUCUUGUCAAUCCGACGAGGAAUGCAACUUGUCGGACGUUUGCUUGAACGGGCAAUGUUUGGAUCCGUGCGACGUGAGAGGAGCCUGCGGCAUAAAUGCUGAAUGUAAAGUGAAGAGUCACAUUAAACAGUGUAGCUGCCCACCAGGUUUCACCGGUAACUCCGAAGUGGAAUGCGUGAGACUGCCAGUGUCCUGUUUAGGAAGCAGAGACUGCAUCGAUGGCAACACCUGCCGCGAGAACGUUUGCCUGCCGAUCUGCACUGUGGACAACGAGUGCGCGUUGAACGAGAAGUGCAUUCGUGGCAACUGUCUGCUGACUUGCCGAUUGGACAACGACUGUUUCUUGGGCCAUAUUUGUCUCAACAACAUGUGUUCGUUUGGCUGCCGCGCUGAUGAAGACUGCAACGCGAACGAGGCUUGCUUGGGCAACAAGUGCUUGAAUCCGUGCGAGGCCACGCCGUGCGGACCAAAUGCCAAGUGCACGGUCUUCAAUCAGCGUGCCACGUGCUCUUGUCCUUCCGGCUUCAUACCAAACCCGACGGCGAAGGUGGCGUGUCUGAGGUCACCUGGUCCGAUCUGUCAGGCUAAUCGAGAAUGCGCCGUGGGCACUGCCUGUGUCGCCGGCAUCUGCACGCCCGUCUGCUCGACCAAUGCGAAUUGCUUGAGCAACGAGAGAUGCGACAGUUCCGGCAUCUGCAAGUCUCUUUGCAGGCGGGAUGAGGACUGUAGAAGCGGUGAGAUUUGCGAGGGACUAGUGUGCGUCUCCGGUUGUCGAGCAGACAUUGAGUGCCAGGACAGUUACGCGUGCGUCAACAACCAGUGCAUAGAUCCGUGCGCGUUGGCCGGUUCUUGUGGCGUAAAUGCCAAGUGUACAACUGUCGCUCAUCAGAAGAUCUGCACGUGUCCGUCGCCUCUAGUUGGAGAUGCUCGUGCUGGAUGCAAGCAGGCCUUCCUUCUUUGCUCAUCGGAACUCGAGUGUUUGCCAGGACAGACGUGUUACGGCAGAUCUUGUUACUCCACGUGUAGAAGCGAUGCAAACUGCUUGAGUGACGAACGGUGCGACGGCGGCAUCUGCAAGGCAAUAUGUAACAGCGACGAUCACUGUGUCGUCAACCAAAUAUGCCACAAUCGCAUGUGCGACAUUGGAUGCCGCAGCGAUAACGCAUGUCCAAGCGACGAGUCUUGCAUCAACAAUCAAUGCAGAAGUCCGUGCGAGGGUGGCAAGGCAUGCGGAGAGUGCGCCGGUUGUCGCGUGGUCAAUCACGUAGCCCAGUGCAGUUGUCCUGCCAACUAUUACGGCAACGCGUUGAUCAACUGCGCCAAGACCAUGAUUCCUUGCGACGGUUCGUGUGAGUGCGACGAGAUCGGUUUCUGCACCAACAGCUGCCAUAGCCAGGACGACUGCUCAUGCGGAGAGACUUGUUACAGCGGGAAGUGCCGCAUCAAGUGCGAUAUCAAUAACGCGUGUCCAAAGGGCUAUGUAUGCGACGGAGGUUUGUGCCUGAUCGGCUGUCGCACACAUUCCGAUUGUCCAUCGUCGUUGUCGUGCAUAAACGGUCAAUGCGAGAAUCCUUGUUCCGCGCACGGAUCACCAUGCGGAAUAAACGCACUCUGCCGCGUCUCGAACCAUCGCGCGGUGUGCUUGUGUCCGGAGGGCUAUCAGGGUGAGCCGAGCCAGGAGUGCUAUCAAUUGGAGUGUCAUCAUGAUGAAGACUGCGAGCCGAACAAGCGUUGCAGCGAGUACGGGGUUUGCACAAAUCCGUGCUUGCAACACGGCGUGUGCGGCUUCAACGCGCAAUGUCGGGUGAUUAACAGACAGGCGCAGUGCUCUUGCCCACCGGGACACUUUGGCAACCCAAAGAUCAAUUGCAAGAAAGGCGGAGACGAGUGUCUGCGAAGACCUUGCGGCGUUAACGCUAAAUGCCGAGAGACCCUGAACGGUUUCGAGUGCACGUGCGAUCCAGGAUGCCACGGCGACCCGCAUCAGGCGUGCCUCUGUGACGGCGAUCUUUGCAAGGAUACUCGUUGCGGCGUUAAUGCGGCCUGUCGAAUUUACAAGAAUCAACCACAAUGUUACUGCCCACCGAAUAAUCCAUCGGGCGAUCCAAUGCACGCAUGUAGCUCAGAUAGAGAUUUAGGAGACUGUCGGACAAACGGAUGUGGACAGAACGCCGAGUGCAUUAGGGACGGGGCUAUAUUUGUCUGUCGAUGCCCACCAGGUACAAGCGGUUCGCCAGAUAUCGAGUGCACGACAGAACGCGAAUGCACCAGCGACUUAGAGUGCCCCAAUGAAAAAGCCUGCAUAAAUCUACAAUGUCUGGACCCGUGCGCGCUACGCGGUGCCUGUGGGAUCAAUGCCCUGUGCCGAGUGGUUCUGCACAAGCCGCGUUGCUCGUGCCCGCAGUGUUAUAUCGGUAUGCCCCAUACGGCCUGCCAUCCAGAUUCCAAAUGCGACACGCUCAAUCCCAAACCUACGCCGAGCAUCGGUUGUUCUUCCGACUACGACUGUCCGGAGAGCCUCUCCUGCCACUCCCAGACAGGCGAGUGCCGCGACCCAUGUUUGAGUUCUCGGUAUACCUGCGAGGUGAACAAGAGGUGUCAGGUGCGGAGUCACAAACCUAUGUGCGUUUGCAAAUACGGCUUCGUGGUCAACGAGAUCGGGGAGUUGACCUGCGCCCCCGACACGCUCACCUGCUCGAGGGACUUUGAUUGUCCCUCGAAUGCCGCGUGCGUCAAUGGGAAAUGUCAGAAUCCCUGUAACGUACGAAACAAAAGACCGUGCCCGGCUGAUAAAACCUGCGAAGUCCUGGAUCACCGUCCCGUGUGCAUUUGCACCAAAAACUGCAAUCCCUCCCUCUCCAUUUGCCUGCGAGACAGUGGCUGCUCUCCAGACUUGGCGUGCCGCAACUAUCGCUGCGUGGACCCAUGCAGAAACUCCACCUGUCCGGCUGAUGCCCCCUGUUACGUGGAGGAGCACAAGCCUAUCUGCAAGUUCUGUCCCCCCGGCUUUGUGCCAGAUACUAAAUACGGAUGCAUGAAAGACGUGAAAUGUACGACACAUAGCGACUGCCCGGUCCAACUGGCCUGCGUAAAUCAACAGUGUCUGAAUCCUUGCACCCUGGGUAAUCCGUGCGACUUCAUCGAAGUGUGCCACGUUCAGGAUCAUCGGCCGGUCUGCGUGAAAGUGGACGCGAACAAUGCGGAGUGUCCCUAUUGUCCACCCGGUAUGCAAUGCGAUCCGUUGACAAAUACGUGUGUCAAAGCGGGUUGCACUAGCAACAGCGAUUGCCCCUUGACAGAGGCGUGCAUUGGCCAUACUUGCCAGGAGCCAUGUCUAGUUCGGAAUCCUUGCGCGGAACAUGCUAUUUGUAUUAAUACGAAUCAUGGAGCAGAUUGCAGCUGUGAGGAGGGUUAUGCUGGAAAUGGAUUCUCUUACUGCGAUUUGCUGGAACAAAGCAAGAAUAUUUGUCACUACAACGAAGACUGUCCUCCGCAUAUGUAUUGCGACCGACUCAACAGACUAUGUAUCAACCCUUGCGCCGAAUUUGACUGCGGUACUAACGCGAAAUGUAUCUCCAGCAACUAUCAAGCUCAGUGUACGUGCCUUCCAGGAUAUCAAGGCAAUCCUCAGGUUGACUGCCAAGAGAUACCGACUUCCGAUCCUUGUGUUCCAAAUCCCUGCGGACUGAACGCUUUAUGUGAAAAUGACAACGGAAAUCCCGUCUGCUUCUGCCCGAAAGGAUUAACCGGAAGUCCGUUUGAACAAUGCAUUCCUGAAGGCGAUCAAUGCGAGGGCAACCCAUGUGGUGCCAAUACAGGAUGUCGCGUGGUGAACGGACUGGUGACGUGCUUCUGCCUACCAGGGUACGAAGGAGACCCACCACAUUCUGCCUGCAUAUUACCGAGCACCUCUUGUGAUCCAUCUCCGUGUGGCCCCAACACUCGCUGUUCCGUGUUGAGCAACGGCUUCGCAAAAUGCACCUGUCUACCCGGCUACAUCGAAAGUCCUAACACCAUUCGGGGAUGCGUACCAAAAGUCGAUCAAUGCGAAGUUAAUCCAUGUGGUUUCGGAGCAUUGUGCAACACCACGAGAAUACCACCCUGUUACUGUCCAAAACUCAUGGUUGGAAACCCAUACAAGAGUUGCGGAGCACGACCAGCGGAACCGUAUGAUCCUUGUCUACUGUCACCAUGUGGCAAGAAUGCUAUUUGCACAUCAAUUGAUGGCAUAGCCAAAUGUACAUGCGUACCGCCGUUUGUGGGCAAUCCUUACAUGGACGGUUGCGAAGCCGAGUGCAUCAUCAGUCGAGAUUGCGAGAGUCACCUGGCUUGCUUCAAUCAGCACUGCAGAGAUCCGUGUCCAGGUGUAUGCGGGGCUAACGCGCGCUGCGAGGUGGUCGAUCAUCUUCCGAUGUGCUCCUGUUUGCCAGGAUUUACUGGGGAUCCAUUUAGAGCUUGCAAAGUGGAGAGACCCUCAGUGCCAGAUCAGAAUCCGUGCAUGCCUUCACCAUGUGGCCCGCACAGUAUUUGCCGCGUAAUGAACGACCGCGCAGUUUGUUCCUGCAGUCCGGGCUACCAGGGCACUCCGCCGUAUUGCCGUCCGGAGUGUCUCGUUAGCACGGAAUGCCCGGCCCAUUUGGCUUGCAUUAAUCAAAAGUGCAGCGAUCCCUGCCCGGGUCUGUGUGGUUUGAAUGCUCACUGCCAAGUUCUCAAUCACAACCCCAUCUGCAGCUGUCCUCGUCAGUACGUCGGCGAUCCAUUCACACAAUGCGCCCGGGAAGAACCUUUAACGCCAACUACGAAUCCUUGUUUGCCGUCGCCAUGCGGAUCUAAUGCCGAUUGCCGCGUUCAAGAGAAUCAUCCGAUAUGCACGUGCAUCACUGGCAUGUUCGGAGCACCACCGAAUUGUAGACCCGAGUGCAUAAUCGACCAAGAUUGUGCCAGUUCUUUCGCUUGUAUUCAAAGGAAAUGUCUGGACCCGUGUAUCGGAUCGUGCGGAUUCAACACAAAUUGUACGGUGCUGAAUCAUCGACCCAUGUGCCAGUGCUACGUAGACUAUGAGGGAGAUCCUUUCUCGGGCUGCGUUAAAACUACUUUCCCAGCGCAGUUGCCUUGCGAUCCUUCGCCGUGCGGCGCGAACGCCGUAUGUAAAGAGCGUAACGGCGCGGGCUCUUGCACCUGUCUGCCCGAUUAUACCGGCGAUCCGUACGAGGGUUGCAGACCAGAAUGUGUUCAGAACUCGGACUGCGUGCACACGAAGGCUUGCAUCAACAACAAGUGCAAAGAUCCGUGCGUAGGUGCAUGCGGAAUCAAUGCGCAAUGCCAGGUUUAUAAUCAUCAGCCGUCCUGCAGUUGCCUUUAUGGCUACACUGGAGACCCGCUUAAGUCCUGCCACCAACCGAUAGAACCGCCAGUGCCGCGUGAUACGUGCCAACCAUCUCCCUGUGGACCGUACAGCAAUUGCCGUGUCAUUGACAAUCAUGCAGUAUGCUCCUGCCAACCCAACUACAUCGGCAGUCCACCGUCCUGCCGACCGGAAUGCGUGGUCAGCACGGACUGCAGUCCGAACGCGGCAUGUAUUGAUCAGAGAUGUAAAGAUCCAUGUCCAGGCACAUGCGGCGUGAAUGCCGAUUGUCGAGUGAUCAAUCACAAUCCAGUGUGCAUCUGUGCGAUCGGUUAUAGCGGAGAUCCGUUCUUCGGAUGCGUCAAAGAAGUAGAGCCAACACCAACACCGAAACCAAGUGGCAAUCCGUGCAUUCCUUCGCCAUGCGGACCAAACUCCCAGUGUCGGGUGAUCGAUGGUUUCCCAGCGUGUUCGUGUCUACCAAAUUACGUGGGCCGUGCGCCAAGUUGCCGUCCCGAGUGUGUUAUAAAUGAAGGAUGCCCCGGAAAUUUGGCGUGUCAAAAUGAACAGUGCGUAGAUCCAUGCCCAGGCUCCUGCGGCGUGAACACAUAUUGCAACGUUGUGAAACACAAUCCUGUCUGCAUCUGUAACGAUGGCUACACGGGCAAUCCAUUCACCGAAUGUACACCUAUCGUGGAAACACCCAUCACAACGGAACAGCCUCGCACGCCGUGCAAUCCGUCACCAUGCGGCGCAAAUGCCGUUUGCAACGAGCGGAACGGCGUUGGAUCGUGCACAUGCCUGCCACAAUACUUCGGUGAUCCAUACAUCGCCUGCAGACCGGAAUGUGUGACCAACACGGACUGUGAUCGCAGCAAGGCCUGCCUGAACAACAAGUGCAUCAAUCCGUGCCCAGGCACCUGCGGUCGGGACGCCACAUGUCGCGUGGUCAAUCACUCCCCGACGUGCUCCUGUCUUCCGGGUUACAGCGGCGAUCCGGUGAUCGGUUGUACCGUCAUAGAAGCGCCGCCAGUUCAACCGAUCGAUCCUUGCGACCCAUCACCCUGCGGACCCAACAGCAACUGUCGCAUCUCCAACGGGCACGCGGUAUGCCUGUGCCAACCGGGAUUCUCCGGCAUCCCGCCAACCUGCAGACCGGGCUGCAUUGUGAGCUCCGAGUGUCCGCAGAACAAGGCGUGUAUCGACAACAAGUGCGCUGACCCAUGCCCGGGUUCGUGUGGGCAGAACACCAACUGCCUCACGGUGAACCACAAUCCGAUCUGCAGCUGUGCCAGCGGCUAUGCUGGCGAUCCGUUCGUAUACUGCACGCGAAUCAGCAGCACAUCGCCGUUGCCGAAGGAAGAGGGUGAUCCGUGUUUGCCGAAUCCGUGCGGCCCGAAUUCGCAGUGCAGAGUGAUAGGCUCGCAUCCGGCAUGUUCUUGUUUGCUGAACUACAUCGGCCGCCCGCCAAAUUGCAGACCGGAGUGCACCGACAGCUCGGAAUGUCUUAACACCGCGGCCUGCAUUAAUCAGAGGUGCAAGAAUCCCUGUCCUGGCGCGUGUAGCGAACUUGCUAGAUGCACGGUGCAGAAUCAUGUGCCGAUCUGCACCUGUCCCGAAGGAUACGAGGGUGAUCCCACUGUGCGUUGCAUCCUAACACCUCCGCCAGCGCCGGAUCAGACGAAUCCAUGCUUGCCGAAUCCUUGCGGUCCCAACGCGCAAUGCCGCGAAAGAAACGGUGCAGGUGCCUGCGGAUGUCCUCCUGAUCUGAUAGGCGAUCCUUACGAUGUCGUAAGAGGAUGUCACAGAGAAUGCGAGACCAACAAUGACUGCUUGCCGCAAUUGGCAUGCGUUGGCUUCAAAUGUACGGAUCCAUGUCCCAAUACAUGUGGAAUGUUGUCUAUAUGUAACGUCCAAGCGCAUGUUCCAGUCUGUCUGUGUCCACCAGGAUACACGGGAGAUCCGUACUUCGCUUGCGAAAUUGAAGAGAUGACGAAAAAUGCAGUGGAACCGUGCUCUCCAUCACCCUGCGGUCCUAACAGUAAAUGUCGGGUGGUUAACGGCCAAGCCGUGUGCACUUGCUUACCAGAGUACAGAGGCAUUCCACCGUCAUGCAGGCCGGAAUGCGUUGUUAAUGCCGAGUGCCCACCUCAUCUAGCGUGCGUAAAUAAGAAAUGCGCUGAUCCGUGCCCGAAUACCUGUGGACUGAGGGCGCAAUGUAUUACGAAAAAUCACAACCCGAUUUGCACUUGUCCUGCCGGAUUCACAGGAGAUCCUUUCACUUUGUGCUCGCCACAUGUUCCCAGCGACAUUCCGACAACUGAGCGACCACCAUCGUGCACGCCAUCACCUUGCGGUCCAAAUUCCUUGUGUCAAAUAAUAUCUGGCAAUCCCGCUUGCUCUUGCCUACCCAAUUAUAUCGGUGUACCACCGCAAUGCCGACCAGAAUGCAUUCUGAGCUCCGAAUGCAAGAGUCUUCUCGCUUGUGUUAAUCAGAGGUGCACGGAUCCGUGCCCAGGCUCGUGUGGAGUGAACGCUCAGUGUCACGUACUUAAUCAUUUGCCAGUUUGCACGUGCAUGGAAGGUUUUACCGGAGAUCCAUUUACGCAAUGCAGCAUCAUUCCACCAGUUACAGAACCACCCUCCAUGGAUCCUUGCGCUUGGUCCCCGUGCGGUCCGAAUGCCAUAUGCGAUAACGGCGAGUGUAGAUGUUUGCCCGAGUACAUCGGCAAUCCUUACGAAGCCUGUCGUCCCGAAUGUAUUCUCAAUUCUGAGUGUCCUCGUGACAAGACCUGUCUGAAAAAUAAAUGCAAGGAUCCCUGUCCCGGAAUAUGCGGCCAAAACGCGCGAUGCGACGUAGUGAAUCACAUUCCUGUCUGCUCCUGUCCAUCUGGAUACGUAGGAGAUCCGUUCGUCAGCUGUCGUGUCCAACCAACAGUGCCGCAAUCUCGAAAGGAUCCAUGCACAUCCUCACCCUGCGGACCGAACAGCCAAUGUCGCAGCAUCGAGGAUCACGCUGUUUGUUCGUGUCUCCAAGGUUAUCUCGGUUCUCCACCAUCCUGCAGACCAGAAUGCGUUGUUAGCUCCGAAUGUCCGCCAACGCGGGCUUGUGUGAACAAAAAGUGCACGGACCCAUGCUUGGGUUCCUGCGGCUUGAACGCGAGAUGCGAAGUGAUCAACCAUUCACCAAUAUGCAGCUGUCUGCCUGGACAGACUGGAGAUCCGUUCAGAAGUUGUUACGAUAUUCCAAUACCACCAGAACCUAAGGGUCAGGAGGAUCCUUGCAAUCCUUCACCAUGCGGACCGAACUCACAGUGCCAAAAUGCAAACGGACAACCGUCGUGCUCUUGUCUGCCCACGUAUAUCGGCACUCCGCCAUCAUGCCGACCAGAAUGUGUCAUCAACCCCGACUGUUCUCCAGAAAAAUCCUGCAUCAAUAUGAAAUGCAGAGAUCCUUGCCCGGGAUCCUGUGGAGACAAUGCCGAGUGCAAGGUGGUCAAUCACGCAGUGACCUGUUCGUGUAAGAUCGGAUACACAGGCAAUCCGUUCGUGCAGUGCGUGCGUGAAGAGGAAACGAUAAAUCCGUGCGAGCCUUCACCAUGCGGCGCCAACGCGAUCUGUCAGCAACGAGAUAACGCGGGUGCUUGCAUAUGUAUCGACGACUAUCAUGGGAAUCCUUACGAGGGUUGCCAGCCGGAAUGCGUCCUGAGCGCGGAUUGUCCCACGAACAAAGCUUGCGUCCGCAACAAGUGCAGCGAUCCUUGCCCAGGCGUGUGCGGCGUUCGGGCGCAGUGUUCCGUCAUCAAUCACAUUCCCACGUGCACCUGCGAGCCCGGAUACAUCGGGGAUCCAUUCACGAUCUGCACCUUCCAGCCGGAAGUGGACACCGAGCCCAGUGUCAAAGAUCCGUGCUCGCCUACACCUUGCGGACCGAACAGCCUGUGCCGCGCUGUGAACAAUCAAGCCGUGUGCACGUGCCAAGAAUCCUUCGUGGGAGUCCCGCCGAAUUGCAAGCCAGAAUGCGUCGUCAACUCGGAGUGUCCGCAGAACAGAGCGUGUCAUAAGUACAAGUGCACAGAUCCAUGCCCCGGCACUUGUGGAGUGGAAGCUGAUUGUCGCGUCAUCAAUCACAAUCCGCUCUGUAGUUGCCCGCAAGGAAAGACGGGCGAUCCGUUCUCCAGAUGCUUCCCUCAGCCAGUUAUGCCGGUGCCACCGGUGGAUCCUUGCUUCCCCAGCCCAUGUGGACUCUACGCGGAGUGCAAAGUUGUCAAUAAUCAAGCUGCGUGCUCUUGCUUGAAGAAUUAUAUAGGAAUACCGCCUAAUUGCCGCGCGGAAUGCGUAGUUAAUACGGAUUGCCCAUCGAAUCAAGCUUGCAUCUCAGAGAAGUGCCGCGAUCCCUGCGUCGGUUCUUGCGGCCAGAAUGCUGACUGCCGAGUUCAGAAUCACAUACCAGUUUGCUUGUGUCAACCCGGAUAUUCUGGUGAUCCGUUCACUUUAUGCACGAUAUUUAGAGAACAACCAAAAGUUCCCGAAGAUUUGUGCAACCCGUCACCUUGCGGACCUAAUGCGGUGUGCAACGAAGGUGUGUGCACCUGUCUCCCCAACUACUUUGGGGAUGCGUACUCGUACUGCCGACCGGAAUGCACAAUGAAUUCUGAGUGUCCCCGCGUCAAGACGUGCAUCAAUCAAAACUGCGUGGAUCCUUGUCCAGGCACGUGCGGACGUGACGCGCGCUGCGACGUUGUCAAUCACAUCCCAAUGUGCAGCUGCCCGCCUGGCUAUACCGGAAAUCCGUUCCUUCUGUGCCGACCACAUAUACCGGAUGACACUAUUAAGCAACCUUGCACACCCUCGCCUUGCGGACCGAACAGCGUCUGCAAAGUUGUUAAUGAUCACGCCGUAUGCUCGUGUCAGCCUGGUCUGGUAGGCAGUCCACCCACCUGCAGACCGGAAUGCGUCGUCAGUGCCGACUGUCCGUUGACACAGGCGUGUUUGAACAAUAAAUGCCAAGAUCCUUGCCCGGGCACGUGUGGACAGAACACUAACUGUCAAGUGGUUAAUCACAAUCCGAUAUGCAGCUGCUCCGAAUCUUACACAGGCGAUCCCUUCACUAUUUGCUACCCGCAGCCAAAAACGCCGGUGACGCCGAUGAACCCAUGUCUACCAUCGCCCUGCGGUCCCAACGCCGAGUGCCAAGUGAGAGGUGACAGUCCCGCGUGCUCGUGCAUCGAAAAUUACAUUGGUCUACCGCCGAAUUGCAGACCAGAGUGCACGAUCAAUCCCGAAUGUCCGCCGCAAUUAGCGUGUAUGCAACAAAAGUGUCGCGAUCCGUGUGUCGGUCUGUGCGGUCUGAACGCUCAGUGCUCGGUAGUGAAUCAUCAUGCAGUUUGUGCGUGUCUCGCCGGAUACACCGGAAAUCCAUUCAGCGCUUGCGAACGAGUACCUGAGGAUACGCCCCUAGACAUUAGAAAACCAUGCGAGCCUUCCCCGUGCGGCCUCAAUGCCGUCUGCCGUGAGAACAACGGCGUUGGCUCGUGUACCUGUCUGCCGGACUACCUAGGCGAUCCCUAUCAAGAAUGCAGGCCCGAAUGCACGCAAAAUUCCGACUGUUUGACGAGAAUGGCGUGCGUGAGUCUGAAGUGCCGAGACCCUUGCCCAGGAACUUGCGGAGUGAAUGCCCAAUGCCAGUCGGUUAACCAUCUGCCGAUCUGUAACUGCCUCCCCGGUUAUACUGGCAACCCCUUCACGUACUGUUCCCUGAUAGUCGAAGCCCCCCUCCCGACAAAUCCGUGCAGCCCGUCCCCCUGCGGACCAAAUAGUAAGUGCCAAGAUGUAAAUGGUCUCGCCGUUUGUACGUGUCUCCCGAACUUUAUGGGCAGUCCCCCCAACUGCCGAGCCGAAUGCGUAGUGAACAGCCAGUGCUCUUUGGAUCUCGCUUGCAUCAAUCAGAGAUGCACGUCACCCUGCCCGGACCCGUGUGGAAUAAACACCCAAUGCAAAGUGAUCAAUCACAGCCCCAUCUGCGUCUGCAAUCUCGAUUAUACCGGGGAUCCCUUUAUAAGAUGUUUCCCUGCCCCACAACCGUUGCCAGAUUAUCCCAUAGCCCCCGCAGAUCCGUGUGUGCCGUCCCCAUGCGGCAUGUACGCGGAGUGCAGGAACAUCGGUGGCACGGCAUCGUGCUCCUGUCUGGCGACCUACAGGGGAUCACCUCCCAACUGUCGUCCCGAAUGCCGCGUGAAUUCCGAGUGUCCGAUGAAUCUCGCCUGUAGCAACGAAAAAUGCAGGGAUCCCUGUUUGGGCUCUUGCGCCAUCACUUCGUUGUGCACGGUCUACAAUCACGUCCCCGUGUGCACUUGUCCCGAGGGAUACACCGGUGAUCCCUUCAGCAGUUGCUAUCCCAGACCGAUCACAACGACGCCCACGUUUACCGACCCUUGCGACCUGAAUCCCUGUGGACCGAAUGCACGAUGCAACAACGGCGUUUGCACGUGUCUGCCCGACUACCAGGGUGAUCCCUACGUGAGCUGUCGUCCCGAGUGCAUCAUGAACACCGACUGUGCACAAGAUCGCGCAUGCAUACGCAACAAAUGCAUGGAUCCUUGCCCGGGCACGUGCGGCCGAAACGCGUUAUGUUCGGUGUACAAUCACGUACCCAUGUGCACUUGUCCGGCCAGAAUGACCGGCAACGCAUUUGUCCAAUGUUCCAUUGUCGAAGAUACACCAAAAGGAAAUCCCUGCUCACCCGCGCCCUGCGGACCCAACAGCCUUUGCCGCGAGAACAACGGACAACCGGUGUGCUCCUGCGUGGUAGGGUUCCUUGGCGUACCGCCAGCAUGUAGGCCGCAAUGCACUAUCAGUUCUGAGUGUUCCCUGACAGAAGCGUGCAGCAAUCAAAAAUGCAUAAAUCCCUGUCUUGGCGCGUGCGGAAUCCGCGCUACCUGCCAAGUGAUCAAUCACAAUCCCAUUUGCAGCUGCGGAGAGCUCGUCGGAGAUCCGUUCAUUCGAUGCAUUCCACGACCGCCCGAACCGGUGGAACAAACAAAUCCUUGCGUACCCUCCCCUUGUGGACCGAAUGCCGAGUGUCGAGUCGUAGGCGAGAAUCCUUCGUGCUCGUGUCUAGCUGAAUUCCUAGGUUCACCACCCAAUUGUAGACCGGAGUGUAUUAGCAACAGCGAGUGUCCCUUCCAUUUGGCGUGUAUGAAUCAGAAAUGCAGGGAUCCUUGCGAAGGCUCAUGCGGAGUUAAUGCCGAGUGUCGUGUGGUGAGCCACACACCUAUGUGUGUUUGUCCCAGUGACUUCACUGGCGAUCCCUUCACGCAGUGCACGAUAAAACCACCUACGCUAAUCCCACAAUCACCCUGUAAACCAUCGCCUUGCGGCUUUAAUGCCAUUUGCAAAGAACAGCAGGGUGCCGGAUCUUGUUCUUGUUUGCCGGAUUACGUCGGCAAUCCUUAUGAGGGAUGUCGACCUGAAUGCGUUAUCGAUACGGAUUGCAUAUCUAGUCUUGCUUGCAUACAAUCGAAAUGUAAAGAUCCGUGUCCCGGCAUUUGCGGUCAGUUCGCCGAGUGCCAAGUUAUCAAUCAUCGACCGAGUUGCACGUGCAUUCCCGGUUAUAGUGGCAAUCCUUUCCAAUAUUGCACCGUAAUGCGUGAUAUUGUCGAUACCCCAAAAGACGUUUGCAAUCCAUCACCUUGCGGACCCAACAGUCAAUGUCGCGUUAUUAACAAUCAGGCAGUUUGUUCUUGUCUUCCGAAUUUCAUGGGUAGCCCACCCGCGUGUCGUCCCGAAUGUGUGACAAGCUCGGAUUGUCCGCUCACGCUUGCCUGCGUGAAUCAAAAAUGCCAAGAUCCCUGUCCCGGUUCAUGCGGCAGCAAUUCGAAUUGCAGAGUUAUCAAGCACAACCCGAUUUGCUCUUGCAAGAAUGGCUACACCGGCGAUCCAUUUACCGUUUGCUUCCAAACACCUGUGACACCGCCUAUCGUAAAUGAUUACGCGCGAGAUCCGUGCAUACCGUCACCUUGCGGUGCAUUUUCUGAAUGUCGCGAUAUAGGAGGGAUACCGUCGUGUUCUUGUCUACCAACGUACAGAGGCAGUCCGCCGAAUUGCAGACCAGAAUGCACGAUCAACACUGAAUGCCCGGCCAAUAUGGCUUGCAUGCAACAAAAGUGUAGAGAUCCCUGUCCCGGUUCGUGCGGCAUAAUGGCUCAGUGCAGCGUCGUAAAUCACGUGCCGAUUUGCUCGUGUUUGCCCGACUACACCGGCGAUCCAUUCGUCGGGUGCUCCAUAAGGCCACCCGUUGUCACGCCAACUGAAUCUGAUCCAUGCAUACCCAGUCCUUGUGGAUCCAACGCGCAAUGCAACAGGGGAGUUUGCACUUGCGUAGCACAAUAUUUCGGGGAUCCUUACAGCGGCUGUCGGCCGGAAUGUGUGUUGAAUAACGAUUGCGCCAAUACGCUGGCGUGCGUGCGGAACAGAUGUGUAGACCCCUGUCCAGGCAUUUGCGGUCAAAACGCCGUGUGCAACGUGUAUAACCACGUGCCCAUGUGCAGUUGCCCCUCGGGAAUGGAUGGAAAUGCCUUCGUCUUGUGUUCUCCCGUUCAAGUGCCCAUCGUUAGAGACCCGUGUAACCCGUCUCCCUGCGGUCCGAACAGUCAGUGUCGGCAAAAUAACAAUCAAGCAGUGUGCAGUUGCAUAAGCGGAUUUGUCGGAGCACCCCCAACAUGUAGGCCCGAGUGCGUAAUUAGCUCGGAUUGUCCGAAGAACGAGGCAUGCACCAACCAGAGGUGCCGCGAUCCUUGCCCGGGAAGUUGCGGGCGCAACACGAUUUGCAAUGUCAUCAAUCACAACCCCGUUUGCUCCUGCCGUCCUGGAAUGACCGGAGAUCCGUUUAUCAAUUGCUUCCCACUUCCCGCGGAACCAUUGCCCGUGCUCAAUCCCUGCCAACCAUCGCCAUGUGGACCAAACGCGCAAUGCCAAGUGAUCAAUGACCAAGCCUCUUGCUCGUGCUUGCAAGAAUUUAUCGGAUCGCCUCCAAACUGUCGAUACGAGUGUAUUAGCAAUAGCGAAUGCUCGAACAAACUGGCUUGCAUCAAUCAGAAGUGUCGCGAUCCGUGCGUCAAUGCUUGCGGAGUCAAUGCUGUGUGCAAUGUUGUUAGCCACACGCCCAUGUGCGCGUGCACACCCGGUUACACUGGCGAUCCGUUCACGCAGUGCUCUCCUCAACAAUUCGACAUACAGCCUAACGUACCCACGCCGUGUACACCGUCUCCGUGUGGCGCGAACGCGAUAUGUAGAGUCCAGCAGAACGCUGGUUCCUGCACAUGUUCGGCCGAUUACGUAGGCAACCCUUACGAAGGAUGCAGACCUGAGUGCACGCUCAAUUCCGACUGUCCAUCUAAUCAAGCCUGUAUCGGCUCGAAAUGCAGAGAUCCGUGUCCGGGAACGUGUGGCCAGAACGCGCAAUGUUACGUGAUUAAUCACUCGCCAACUUGUACCUGUUUCGAGCGAUACACCGGAAAUCCAUUCAUAUUCUGCAAUCUCAUCCCCGAAGCCCCAAUCGUGUCAGAUAACAUUAAUCCAUGCCAACCGUCCCCUUGCGGACCUUAUAGUCAAUGUAGAGCAAGCAAUGGUCAAGCUGUUUGUUCUUGUCUUCCAACCUACCUCGGCGCACCUCCAGGUUGUAGACCUGAAUGUACAGUUAGCACGGAUUGCGCGACAAAUCUCGCGUGCGAGAACAACAAGUGCGUCGAUCCCUGUCCUAAUUCGUGCGGUCAGGGAACGACAUGUAGAGUUGUGAACCAUAGUCCAAUAUGCAUGUGUAGACCUGGAUUCAGCGGUGAUCCGUUUGUACGCUGUUCAUUCGUCCCACCUACUCCGUUACCGAGCCCGCCCACGGACCCUUGCAUACCAUCUCCGUGCGGACCCAAUUCACAAUGUCGCAAUAUCAACGGUUAUCCCUCUUGUUCUUGUAUGAUCAAUUAUAUUGGUACACCGCCGAAUUGUCGUCCCGAAUGUGUCAUCCCUGCUGACUGUCCGAGCAAUCAGGCUUGCAUUCGCGAGAGAUGUCAAGACCCGUGUCCAGGUUCUUGCGGCUUGAAUGCCGAUUGCACCGUUCACAAUCACAUUCCUAUCUGCAGAUGUAUAGACAGUUACACUGGCGAUCCCUUUAUCGGUUGUCAGCUCGUGCCAGUCAACAUCGAGCCGGUGCAGAGACCUGAUCCGUGCAGUAGUUCACCCUGCGGGCCCAACGCUCGAUGCAACAACGGUAUCUGCACUUGCGUACCGAAAUACUUUGGCGAUCCGUACGUCGGUUGUCGACCAGAAUGUGUGCUCAGCACAGAUUGCUCAACCGACAGAGCAUGCAUACGGAACAAAUGCGUAGAUCCAUGCCCGGGUACCUGUGGACAGAACAGUUUGUGUAACGUAAUCAAUCAUACGCCGAUGUGCACUUGUCCGCCCGGUACUGCUGGAAAUGCUUUCAUCUCUUGCGAUGUGAUGAGAGUCCCGCUCGUGACAAGACCGUGCAGUCCGAAUCCCUGCGGUCCGAACAGCAUAUGUCGAGAAUUAAAUGGACAAGCAGUGUGCACCUGCGCGCCCGAGUUCCUCGGAUCGCCGCCCCUCUGCCGACCUGAAUGCACCCUCAGUUCUGACUGUCGGCAGAACGAAGCUUGCGCAAAUCAAAAGUGCAGAGACCCCUGUCCCGGCACGUGUGGCAUCCAAGCGAGAUGCGUGGUCGUUAAUCACAAUCCUGUCUGCUCGUGUCCCGAAAGCUACACGGGCGACCCCUUCAUCAGAUGCGAUGUCAUGAAACCAGUAAUAACUCAGCCAGUGAACCCUUGCCAACCCUCGCCCUGUGGUCCGUACGCUCAGUGCCAGGUUGUCAACGACCUACCGUCUUGCUCGUGCCUACCCGAGUACAAGGGCUCGCCCCCAUACUGUCAACCUGAGUGCGUUUCCAAUCCCGAGUGCCCUAGCCACCUGAGUUGCGUGCGACAAAAGUGCAGAGACCCCUGCCCAGGUCUAUGUGGAGAGAGUGCAGAGUGCCAUGUGGUGCAGCACGUGCCUCAUUGCGUUUGUGCCUACGGUCUCACUGGUGACCCAUAUACGCGCUGUAUACUGAUACCGCCCAGAGAUGAACCAGCACCGUCACCCUGCGCGAAUUUCGAAUGUGGUACGAAUGCAAUAUGUAGAGAACGAGACAAUGUCGCGAUUUGCCAAUGCACCAGUAACUAUAUCGGCAAUCCAUACUUGGCGUGCCGACCCGAAUGCGUCAUUAAUCCCGACUGCCCAUCCAAUUUGAUGUGUGUGAGAAACAAAUGCGUGAACCCUUGUGCUGGCAUGUGCGGCCAGAACGCUCAGUGUUCGGUUGUCAAUCAUCAACCGAUGUGCACAUGUUUCCCUGGAUAUACUGGAGAUCCGUUCGUUACCUGUUCCCCGGAUAAAAUAAUCUCAGACGAGAAUGUUUGCGCCCCGUCACCUUGUGGACCCAACAGUCAAUGCAAAGAAGUAUCUGGACAGGCUGUCUGUUCAUGCCUACCUUCGUACAUUGGAACUCCACCUGCGUGUAGACCCGAAUGUGUUGCUAGCUCGGAAUGCCCCUCACAGUUAGCAUGCCAGGACUACAAAUGCGUGAAUCCCUGUCCAAGCCCAUGCGGACUCAAUACUAAUUGCGUGGUCGUUAAUCACAGCCCUAUCUGCAGUUGCAUGCCCAGUUACAGCGGAGACCCAUUCACGAUAUGCACAUUAAUUCCACCCGUAAAACCACCAGUCGCGCUAGACAAAGACCCCUGCGUACCGUCUCCCUGUGGUAGUUUCUCUCAAUGUAGAAAUAUUGGUGGUUCGCCCGCGUGUACCUGUCUGGAAAACUACAUGGGCCAGCCACCCAAUUGCAGACCCGAAUGUACCAUACACUCAGAAUGCCCGAGCGAUAAGGCCUGUAUCAACAUGAAGUGCGUGGACCCCUGCCCUGGCUCAUGCGGUGUCAACGCCCUGUGCUCGGUCAUCAACCACAUUCCUACAUGCAGAUGUCCCGAGGGUUAUACCGGCAACACCUUCACCCUUUGCCAGAUCAUCCCAGCGACACCGACUCCGUCUCCAGUUGAAGAUGCCUGUGUCCCAUCACCCUGCGGUCCCAACGCGGCGUGUUCCGAUGGCGUCUGCACCUGUCUACCAGAGUUCCGAGGAGAUCCGUACGUAGGUUGUCGCCCGGAAUGCGUCCUGAACGCUGAUUGUCCCCGCGACAGAGCGUGCAUACGUAACAAGUGCCUGGACCCAUGCCCUGGCGUUUGCGCCGUUAACGCGGAAUGCACCGUGAUCGGUCACGUCCCCAUGUGCAGCUGCUCCCGAAACAUGACCGGCAACGCGUUCGUCCAAUGCGUGCCUCUACAAGAUAUGCCGCCCGCCAACCCAUGUGUUCCUUCACCCUGCGGUCCGAACAGCGAGUGUCGCGUUAUAAACAACCAGGCGGUUUGUUCCUGCAUAAGAGGAUACCUUGGUAGCCCCCCGACCUGCCGACCCGAAUGUAUAGUCAGCACGGAUUGCCCGCAGACCGAGGCUUGUAGUAAUCAAAGAUGCACGAACCCUUGUCCAGGAAGUUGCGGAAUAGGCGCUUCGUGUCGUGUAGUAAAUCACAACCCAAUUUGCAUUUGUCCUCCCUCACAAACGGGUGAUCCUUUCGUUAGGUGUUUCCAGCAACCUCCAGUGCAGGUGCAACCAAUCUCGCCCUGCAAACCAGAUCCUUGUGGCCCGAACUCUGUGUGUCGACCGCGCGAUGACAGAUCCGAGUGCGCGUGUUUGCCCGGUUUCAUCGGCAGUCCGCCUAACUGCCGAGCGGAAUGUGUCAGUAACAGCGAGUGUCCCAAUCACUUGGCAUGUAUCAAUCAAAAAUGUCAGGAUCCGUGUGUCGGCUCGUGCGGCGCGAACGCUAACUGUUACGUUGUCAGCCACACUCCGAUGUGCACGUGCAUAAACGGUUACACCGGUGAUCCGUUCACGCAAUGUAUCUUCAGGGAACCCACACCAUUGCCGCCCACACCCGUUGACCCGUGCACUCCGUCCCCUUGCGGUUCCAAUGCAAUGUGUAAGGAAUUCAAUGGUGCCGGUUCGUGUACGUGCUUGCCGGAUUACACCGGUAAUCCGUACGAGGGAUGCAGGCCGGAAUGCAUCCUGAACUCAGAUUGUGCCGCCAAUCUAGCUUGCGUAAACACUAGAUGCAGAGACCCGUGCCCGGGAUCGUGCGGGCGCAAUGCGCAAUGCCAGGUAGUCAACCACUUGCCGGUAUGCAAUUGCUAUCCCAGAUUCACCGGCAACGCCUUCCUGUACUGCAACCCGAUUCAGAUAGAAGGAGACGGCGCCAUUAGUCACCCAUGUGAACCAUCCCCAUGUGGACCCAACAGCAAUUGCCGCGUGGUAGACAACACGAGCGUCUGUGCUUGUCUACCUACUUUCUUGGGCAGUCCGCCAAACUGUCGCCCCGAAUGCACCGUUAGCGCCGAAUGCGCUUUCAAUCUGGCAUGUAUCCAAAAUAAGUGUAACGAUCCCUGUCGUGGAUUGUGUGGCUCCAACACGAGAUGCGAGACGAUCAAUCAUAAUCCCAUUUGCUCGUGCCGACUUGGUUUUACUGGUGAUCCCUUCGUUGCCUGUUUCGAAAUGCCACCUAAAGAAGACGUUCGUCCAACUGUGUACCCUUGCGCGCCCUCACCCUGUGGACCUUAUUCGGAAUGUCGCGACAUUAACGGCCAAGCAUCUUGCGCGUGUAUGCCCACGUAUAUGGGAACGCCACCCAACUGCAGACCCGAAUGUUUAAUUAAUUCAGAAUGUCUGAGCAAUCAAGCAUGCAUACAGAAAAAAUGCCGAAAUCCCUGCGAUGGAGUUUGCGGGGUAGGAGCAGUUUGUAACGUGAUUAAUCAUACGCCUACGUGUUCCUGUCCCAAUGGGUUCACCGGGGACUCGUUCGUGAUAUGUAGAUUAAUUCCCGAGGAAGAUACAACAAUCACACCCACGAACCCAUGCUCCAAUUGCGGUACAAAUACGCAAUGCCUUAACGGUGUGUGCACCUGUCUACCCGAGUAUCAGGGAGAUCCGUAUCUGGGAUGUCGCCCGGAGUGUAUUCUGAAUUCCGAUUGUCCGCGGGACAGAGCUUGUGUUAGGAACAAGUGUCGGGACCCUUGCGACGGAAUCUGUGGUCUGAACGCCCUGUGUUCCGUCGUAAAUCACAUACCGAUUUGUACCUGCCCGCCGGGAAUGUCAGGCAGCGCGUUUGUAAUGUGCUCUCCGAUCACAGCACCGGUACCGAAAGAUCCGUGCAACCCGACACCGUGCGGACCAAAUAGCCAGUGUCGAAAGAUAAACGAGCAAGCCGUCUGCUCAUGUAUCCCCGGAUACCUGGACGUGCCACCUAACUGCCGAGCCGAGUGUACUGUCAAUUCUGAUUGUCCCACCAACAUGGCCUGUAAUAAUCAAAAGUGCAUAGACCCUUGUCCAGGAACGUGCGGCAUCAGAGCCCAGUGUACUGUAGUUCUUCACAACCCAAUCUGUUCUUGUCUCUCCGAAUUGACCGGUGAUCCCUUCAUUCAAUGCUUCCCAAGACCGGCGGAGCCUCCAACCCCAGUUAACCCUUGCGAUCCAUCCCCGUGCGGACUCAACAGUAGAUGCCAGGUCGUAAACAACGCACCUUCGUGCUCCUGCUUGCCAGAAUUUACUGGCGACCCGCCGAAUUGUAGACCGGAAUGUGUCAGUAACAGUGAGUGCUCCACACACUUGGCGUGUAUCAAUCAGAAGUGCCGCGAUCCUUGUCCGGGUUCCUGCGGUAUCAAUUCUGAUUGUCGAGUAAUAAGUCACACGCCUAUGUGCGUUUGCCUCGCCGGAUUCGAGGGAGAUCCGUUCGUACUAUGCAACCCGAAGCAAAGUGAUGUUACAAGUACUGUAAAACCAACGCCCUGCAUCCCAUCGCCGUGCGGCUUUAACGCGGUAUGUCGCGAACAAAACGGCGUUGGUUCUUGUACGUGUCUAUCGGAUUACCUAGGCAAUCCAUACGAAGGCUGUCGACCCGAGUGCACGAUAAAUACCGAUUGCGCCGCGGAUCGAGCGUGUAUCGGAUCGAAAUGUCAGAAUCCCUGCCCAGGUUUCUGCGGGUACAAUGCAAUUUGUCAAGUAGUGAAUCACGCGCCGUUGUGCACUUGCCAGCCCGGAUACAGCGGCAAUCCGUUUGUCUCUUGUAACAGAAUCGUGCAGGAUACGACACCAGAACGUAAUCCGUGCAGUCCUUCUCCCUGCGGACUUAAUAGUCAGUGCCGCGAAUUAAAUGGUCAGGCGAUAUGCUCUUGUUUGCCCACAUUUACCGGAACUCCACCAAACUGCCGUGCCGAGUGCACUGUCAGCUCCGAUUGUCCCGUGAACCGUGCGUGCAAGAACCGCAAAUGCGUCGAUCCGUGCCCGGGCAUCUGCGGCAUUAACGCGCGAUGCGAAGUGAUCAAUCACAGUCCGAUCUGUAGUUGUAACGCAGGUUUCAGUGGUGAUCCCUUCGUAACGUGCUUCCAGCUGCAGAUAGACAAAGACACCCCCUCGACGCCAUCAAAUCCCUGCGUUCCAUCCCCUUGCGGGCCGUUCGCUACUUGCCGCGACAGCGGCUACGCGGGCGUGCCGACGUGCACGUGUAUGGAAAAUUACAUCGGUAACCCUCCGAACUGUCGGCCGGAAUGUACUGUAGAUUCCGAGUGCAGCAACGAUAGAGCAUGUUUGAGACAAAGAUGCAGAGAUCCAUGCCCGGGAUCGUGCGGUAUCGGCGCGCAGUGUCUCGUAGUCAGUCACAUGGCUGUUUGUCUCUGUCCAAAAGGCUACACUGGUGACCCGUUCGCCAAUUGCUUCCCAGAACCACCUCCCGUACCUAUGCCACAAGAUCCUUGCAAUCCGUCCCCAUGCGGGGCGAAUGCACAGUGUCGCGAUGGAGUAUGCACUUGCCUGCCCGAAUAUCGCGGUGACCCUUACUCCGCGUGUCGACCCGAAUGCGUACAAAAUCCAGAUUGUCCAUUGGACAGGGUUUGCCUUCGCAAUAAGUGUUAUGAUCCAUGUACUGGAGUCUGCGGUCAGAACGCGAAGUGCACAGUUAUAAAUCACACCCCAAUGUGCUCUUGCCCAGAUGGAAUGUCCGGCAAUGCGUUCGCAGUGUGUUUCCCGAUCAAAGAUACCACCGUCGAAAACCCCUGUAACCCAUCACCCUGCGGACCAAACAGUCGAUGCCAGAACAUUAAUAAUCAAGCGGUGUGCUCAUGCAUACUCGGAUUCAUAGGAAACCCCCCUGCCUGUCGACCAGAGUGCAUAGUCAAUACCGAUUGCGCGCUCAACGAAGCCUGUAUCAACAUGAAAUGCGGCAAUCCCUGCCUUGGAGCAUGUGGCAUAUCUGCACGUUGCCAAGUGCUGAAUCAUAAUCCAAUCUGCACCUGUCCCCCUGUGUUUACCGGCGAUCCGUUCAUACGUUGCAUACCCAGACCGGAAGAUGUGCCGGAACCAAUAAACCCAUGCCAACCAUCGCCCUGUGGUCCCAAUGCCCAGUGCCAAGUCGUCAAUGAUGCACCAUCGUGCUCCUGCGUGGCGGAGUUUAUCGGAACGCCGCCGAACUGCAGACCGGAAUGCAUCAUCAAUAGUGAAUGCCCAAGCCAUAUGGCGUGCAUUAAUCGCAAAUGCAGAGACCCAUGCCCCGGAUCGUGCGGCGCCCUCGCCGACUGCCACGUUGUUAAUCACGUGCCGACUUGCACGUGUCGCGUCGGUUACACGGGCGACCCGUUCGUCCAAUGCACGACUAUGCCCAGUCAACCACCACCGGCACCAAGUCAACCCUGCCAGCCGUCCCCCUGCGGAACGAAUGCCGUAUGUCGUGAACAAAACGGCGUUGGUUCUUGCACAUGCUUACCCGAAUACAUUGGAAAUCCCUAUCAAGGAUGUCGUCCCGAAUGUACCAUUUCCUCGGACUGUCCCGCGCAUUUAGCCUGCAUCGGCUCCAAAUGUCAGAAUCCGUGUCCCGGCUCAUGCGGCGCCAACACUAAUUGCCAAGUCGUCAACAAUGUGCCUGUUUGCACUUGCAUCUCCGGUUAUACCGGCAAUCCAUACGUAAACUGUCUUUAUCAGAUUCCUACUGCCGAUGAAGAACGUGAACCAUGCAAACCAUCCCCUUGCGGUCCUAACAGUCAGUGCAAUAAUAAUAACGGUCAAGCUGUCUGCACCUGUUUACCGCAAUUCAUCGGAACUCCACCGAACUGUAGGCCGGAGUGCUUAGUAAAUUCGGAAUGCGGUCCAAAUCGAGCGUGCGUCAAUCAGAAAUGUAUAGAUCCCUGUAUCGGCACUUGCGGCCGUGAUGCCCAAUGCAGGGUUGUACACCACAGUCCCAUUUGUGUCUGCGCGAACGGCUUCACCGGUGAUCCUUUCAUCUACUGUUUCGCAAUGCCGAUUCCGGAGCCAGCAGACAAAUUCCCGAAGGACCCGUGCUUCCCGUCACCCUGCGGACCCAAUGCUAUGUGCAGAGCUGUCGGUGAUGCACCAGCGUGCAGUUGCAUGCAAAAUUACAUCGGUGUUCCACCUAAUUGCCGACCCGAGUGCUCGAUAAACUCGGAUUGUCCCGCUGACAAAGCUUGCAUCCGAGAAAAAUGUAGAGAUCCUUGUCCGGGAUCGUGCGGCCUUUUGGCGCGCUGCUCGGUCAUUAAUCAUACUCCGUCUUGCGCGUGUCCCGAAGGAUAUACUGGCGAUCCUUUCGUCAGUUGCAACGUCUUGCUUCAAGCACCUCCGCCUCCUACAGACCGAUGCAAUCCAUCACCAUGCGGCCAAAACACUCAGUGCAACGACGGAGUUUGCACAUGCAUACCCGAAUACCUCGGCAAUCCAUAUGUCGGAUGUCGACCGGAAUGUGUCAUUAACACAGAUUGUUCUCGCGAUAGGGCGUGCAUACUUCGCAAAUGUCGCGAUCCGUGCGUCGGUACGUGCGGCAUUAACGCAGAAUGCAAUGUCGUCAAUCACCUGCCUAUGUGCAGUUGCCCGAGAAACAUGACCGGAAACGCGUUCAUAUCGUGCACCCCUCUUCAAGAUACGGUUACGGUGGACCCAUGCAAUCCAUCCCUUUGCGGACCAAACAGUCACUGUCGCGUGUCAAACGGCCAGGCAAUUUGCGCGUGUAUCGCCGGAUUCAAAGGUGCCCCGCCAUCCUGUAGACCAGAAUGUUUGAUAAGCGCCGAUUGCGCUCGUAAUAGAGCCUGCAGCAACCAGAAAUGCAUCGACCCGUGCCUCGGUGCGUGCGGAUUCAGUGCGCAAUGCACCGUUGUGAAUCACAACCCCAUAUGCAAUUGUCCACCUCUAUUCACGGGAGACCCGUUCGUCCGAUGCAUACCACAACCGGAAGACAGACCACAACCACCAACAGAUCCCUGUCAACCCUCACCGUGCGGUCCGAACGCGGUGUGCCAAGUAUUCAAUGGUGCCCCGUCGUGUUCAUGUCUGCCCCAAUUUGUUGGAGUCCCGCCCAGAUGUAGACCGGAGUGUAUCAGUAACAGCGAAUGUCCCAGCCAACAAGCGUGCAUUAAUCAAAAGUGUCAGGAUCCUUGUCCGGGAUCGUGCGGUAGGAAUGCGGAAUGCAGAACUGUCAGUCAUACCCCGAUGUGCGUUUGCGCCAAUGACUUUACCGGAGACCCAUUCAUCCAAUGUAAUCCUCGGCCAAUCGAUGUACCACCCGUACCGUUAACUCCUUGCCAACCCUCGCCAUGUGGUGCAAACGCCAUGUGCCGCGAGAUUUCUGGCUCGGCUUCUUGCACCUGCUUACCUGAUUUCUAUGGAAAUCCAUACGAGGGUUGUAGACCUGAGUGCGUGAUCAGUUCCGACUGUAUAUCCAACCGCGCUUGCAUACGGAACAGGUGUCAGGAUCCUUGUCCAGGAAUAUGCGGUGUUAACGCAAUUUGCGAAGUUAUCAAUCACAUACCGGCGUGCAGCUGUCAACCAAGAUACACCGGCGAUCCGUUCAGAUAUUGCAGACUUAUACAAGAUACCCCUCCGGCGCCCAUGGGCGAUCCUUGCCAGCCGUCCCCGUGCGGUCCUAAUAGCAAUUGUCGUAACGUGAACGGAAAAGCUAGCUGCUCGUGCCUACCCACGUACCAAGGAGUACCUCCUGCUUGCAAACCUGAAUGCGUUGUUAGCACGGAAUGUCUGAUGAAUCGCGCGUGUAUCAAUCAGAAAUGUGUCGAUCCGUGCCCAGGCGUGUGCGGCAUCAAUGCCAAAUGCGACGCGUUGUCCCAUAGCCCAUUCUGCAGUUGCCCACCCGGCCGAAUCGGAGAUCCCUUCGUCAAGUGCUUCGAGAUGCCCCUGAUGUCCACACCACCAACUGCACAAGUAAACCCUUGCCUUCCAUCGCCCUGCGGUCCAUUUGCCACGUGCCAAGACAGAGGUGGUUAUCCGUCUUGCACGUGCAUGCCCAAUUAUGUUGGAUCGCCGCCAUACUGCCGCGCCGAAUGUUCGAUCAAUUCUGAUUGCACCAGUGAUAAGGCUUGUAUCAGAGAAAAGUGCAGAGAUCCCUGCCCCGGAUCCUGCGGCAUUAAUGCCCUAUGUACCGUGAUCAACCACACCCCGGCUUGCACCUGCCCUGAUGGAUACUCUGGCGAUCCCUUCAGCAAUUGUUACUUGGCACCCAUGCAAACUCCUCCGGUACCGUCAGACCCAUGUAAUCCGUCGCCCUGUGGACCCAAUGCCGAAUGUCGUAACGGUGUCUGCAGUUGCAUACCCGAAUACCGCGGCGAUCCGUACCGAGAAUGUCGACCAGAGUGCGUGCAGAAUUCCGAUUGCCCGUACGAUAGAGCUUGCGCGAACAACAAGUGCAUGAAUCCCUGCGUCGGGAUCUGCGGCCAGAACGCGGAAUGUGUAGUUGUUAAUCACGUAGCCACCUGUAACUGCGUUCAGGAUUUCGAAGGCGAUCCAUUCACCCUUUGCAGACGAGUGCAACCGCGCGUCAAGCCCUGCGAGCCCUCCCCCUGCGGACCGAACAGCGUGUGUCGCGAAUUCGGCGACCAAGCCUCCUGCUCUUGCCUACCUGGUUACUUCGGAGUCCCACCAAGCUGCAGACCCGAGUGUCUCGUCAGCACUGAUUGCGAGCAGAGCAGGACAUGCGUGAACACAAGAUGCCGCGACCCAUGCGAGAACGCUUGCGGCCGGAAUGCGUUGUGUGUAGUGCGAAAUCAUAAUCCCAUUUGCAGGUGUCCCGAUCAGCAUUCCGGUGACCCAUUCGUCAGCUGUUUCCCCAUAACAUCGGACGUAGUACCUACCAGGGACCCAUGUUACCCCUCACCGUGUGGAUUGAACUCGCAGUGCGCGGUAUCCGCUGAUAAUAAACCCUCCUGCUCCUGUUUACCCACUUUCAUAGGAUCUCCGCCCAAUUGUAGACCCGAGUGCCGUGUAAACAAUGACUGUCCCGCAAAUCGAGCAUGCAUUAAGCAGAAAUGUACCGACCCGUGCAUUGGAUUGUGCGGGCUCAAUGCACUGUGCCAAGUUAUUUUGCACCAAGCCCGAUGCACCUGUCCCGAACUGUACACUGGAGACCCAUUCACAGUUUGCUCCCAGAUAAUAUCAACUCCAGCACCGCCAACACCAUCGAGGCCAUGCAGUCCCUCGCCGUGCGGAAUAAACGCGUACUGUCAGGAGCGAUUCGACACGGCCAUUUGUGAGUGCAUACCGGAUUACAGAGGCAAUCCAUACCAAGGAUGUCAGCCCGAGUGUCUCAUGAACACCGACUGUCCGACAUCACAAGCGUGCAUAAAGACCAGGUGCCAAGAUCCUUGCCCUGGUACUUGCGGCGUUGGCGCGAUUUGCACAGUGUCUAAUCACGUUCCCAUCUGUUCCUGCCCACUGCCCACAAUUGGAGAUGCCUUUACGCUUUGUCGAAUUCCCGUCGAAGAUACUAAAGAAACGGAUCCUUGCUAUCCGUGUGGUCCGAACACUCUUUGCGAUAAAAUCGGCAAUAGGGCUAUUUGUAAAUGUUUACCUGGACUGCAAGGCGUUCCAACGAGCGUAACUGGUUGUCAUCCGGAGUGCGUGCUCAGCUCAGAUUGUCCAGGCGAUAAAGCCUGCAUACAAAAUAAAUGCAGAGAUCCUUGCUUGCAAAAUGUGUGCGGCAGCAAAGCGGUAUGCAAGACGAUCAAUCACAGCCCACUUUGUAGCUGCCCGUCUCCGUUAAUUGGCAAUCCCUUCGAGGAAUGUUACACGAGAAUCGAAACCAAUCCCUGCAGUCCGUCGCCUUGCAAUUACAACGGCGAGUGCAGAGUGAAGAACGGCGUCGCGAUUUGCAUCUAUCCCGAGUGCGUUAUUAAUUCGGAUUGUCCGCGUGACAAAGCUUGCUUCUCGCAGAAAUGCAGAGAUCCGUGCAUCGGCGCGUGUGGCAUCAAUUCCAUCUGUCAGGCCGUUAAUCACAAGCCGGUGUGCUCCUGCCCGGUCGGAUUUACUGGCAACGCACGAGUGCAAUGCACAAUCCCGACACUUACCGAACCGAUCCCAGAAUGCUCUCAGAAUUCCGAAUGCUCGAAUGACAAGACCUGCUUCAAUCAGAAAUGCGUGGACCCGUGCACUCUCGACUCUUGUGGUCUUAACAGCCGCUGCCACGUAACAAUGCACAGAGCCAUAUGUGUCUGCAACGAAGGCUACACUGGAAAUCCGCAGCAAUAUUGCCAUCAACUUGGUUGUCGCAGCGAUAACGAAUGCCCGUUGAUUCAAUCUUGUAUCAACAACGAAUGCAUCGACACUUGUCUGCUUACGCAAUGUGGUAUCAACGCAUUGUGUACCGCUGAUGGAUACCACAGGACGCGGUGCUAUUGUCCUGAUGGGUACACUGGUAAUCCUUACGAAAUUUGCGAAAGGCCCGAGUGCACUAGCGACAACGACUGCUUCUCAGCCUUGGCAUGUCGCAAUCUGAAAUGUGUUGACCCAUGUAACUGUCCACCACCGGCAUUGUGCACCGUCGUCAACCAUCGACCAAUCUGCAAAUGUCCACCUGGCUAUGUCGGCAAUCCGUACACCUCGUGUCUUAUGGAAACACUAGAACCAGAACCCGUAUGCCAAGUCGACGCAGACUGUCCCAGCAAGCUGGCGUGUUUCGGUGGUAUAUGCAAAGAUCCGUGUGCAGAAACGAAACCAUGCAUCGUUAGCGCCAAAUGUAGCGUCGUAGACACCUUACCGAUGAGAACAAUGAUCUGCGAAUGCCUGCCGAACUUCGCCGGCGAUGCCACCAUCGCUUGCGUGCCAGUGGACAAACAAAUUGGGGCAAUAUGCGAAAGCGAUUCGCAAUGUACACCAGACAUGGCUUGCCUGAAUCGUCGAUGCAUCAAUCCGUGCACCGUCAAUCCGUGCGCGCCGAACGCGGAAUGCCACAUCGAGAACCAUCGCCGUACAUGUCAAUGUCCUCGCGGACACGCCGGUGAUCCAUUCGUGAAUUGUUACGAAGAAGACGUAGUUCUUCCGGAAUGCAGAACAAACAGCGAGUGUCCGUCCGACAAGGCGUGCAUAAAUCAAUUGUGCCAAGAUCCAUGCAUCAGCAAUCGGUGUGGCCUGAACGCGGAGUGCAUCACGAUCAACCAUCAUCCCUCUUGCCACUGUCAGCACAGUUUAGCCGGCGACCCGCAAAUUCAAUGCUUUAGACCGGAAUGUAAGACAGACGACGAGUGUCCCUAUGACAAGACCUGCCGAAACGAUAACUGCGUUACUCCCUGCCUCACUGGUGACAUCGUGUGUGGUCGCGGCGCGGAAUGCAGAGCGGUUUCCCAUAGAGCGCAGUGCAUUUGCCCACCAGGCACCCAGGGUGAUCCACGAGUGGCAUGUACUUCCGCGAUCUGUCAUUACAACGAAGAUUGCGCCGAUCACGAAGCUUGCGACAGGUUGAACAGGAUAUGUAGACCGGUUUGCGAAGACGACACCUGCGCUGAAACCGCGACCUGCGUCGCGCGUGAUCAUCAGCCGAAGUGCACGUGUCCUCCGGGUACCACCGGAAACCCAUACAUAACGUGUGCUGGCACUCCCAUCGAGCCGGAAUGUGUUCAGGACAGCGAUUGCGCACUAAAUCUUGCCUGUAUUAACACCAAAUGUCAGGAUCCGUGCGUGUCUACCGGCAUGUGUACCAGUGAACAAGAAUGCAAGGUUCUGAACACGGUACCUCUUCGCACCGUGAUCUGUUUGUGUCCACCAAAUAUGAUCACUGAUGUCAACGGUCAAUGCAAGCCGAUCGUGUUGGGCGACGUACAGUGUCAUCUGGAUCAGGAUUGCGCCAAUCAUGAGAAAUGCCUCGAUGGAGGAUGCGUGAACGCCUGCCUGACAACCGAGUGCGGCUUUAACGCACAAUGCAAGUCCACGUCUCAUACCGGCAUAUGUUUCUGCUCCCAGGACUACACAGGCAAUGCUUACAUAGAAUGCGGAAGAAUUCCAGUCGCUCCGUUGCCAGGACCUCGGCCAGAAUGCUACAGCAACAGCGAAUGCGCACGCGACAGACAGUGCAUAAAUUCGCUCUGCGUAAAUCCGUGCGUCGCUGGUGAUCCUUGCGGCAAGAACUCCUUGUGCCACGUUGACAAUCAUAGCCCGAUCUGCAGAUGCCCGGUCGGCUACAUCGGCGAUCCCAGAAUCAAGUGCAUUCCACCGGAUAUCGUGCCUGAAUGUGUGUCGAACAGCGAAUGCGCAGGCAAUUAUGCGUGCAUCAACAAUGCGUGCGUCAAUCCAUGCAACUGCGGACCCAAUGCCAAGUGCAACGUCGUCAAUCAUUAUCCUUCCUGCGUGUGCUCUCCAGGCUACUCCGGAAAUCCUCAGCUGGGAUGCUUCAAGCUCGAUUGCGAAUCCGACAGCGAGUGCGAUUAUGCAGCCACCUGUUACAACGGCCAAUGCUUGAAUCCUUGCAUCCUGGACAACAAGUGUGCGAUCAACGCGGAAUGCUACGGCAAGAAUCACCGAUCGGCCUGUCGCUGCGGCCCAGGCUAUUACGGCAAUCCUCAAAUCCACUGCGAGAGGGUCGAGUGCAACACCGAUCACGACUGCCCUCGCAAUCUAGCUUGCAACGAUGGUCGUUGCGUGAACCCAUGCGCCGAGAAUUCACCCUGCGCGCAGAACGCGGUCUGCUACGUGCAAGAUCACAUCGCGUCCUGCCGCUGUCCCGAGAACAUACCUCUAGGAAAUCCACUCUCUUACUGCGAACGACAUCCCGCGGACGAGAUCGAGGAGCCGGAAUGCAGAGUCGACAUCGAUUGCUCGGACAAAUUAGUGUGCAUCCGAGAGAAGUGCAUCGAUCCUUGCCCGGUUAUCAAGCCGUGCUUGGAGAACGCACGUUGCGACGUUCUCGACACUGUACCCGUGAGAACCAUGAUUUGCACGUGCCCAGAGGGAUGGAUUACGGACGUCGAUGGUGUAUGCAGACCAAUACAACUGACGGUCAUCGGAACGUGCACGACCAAUGAUGAUUGCGGCGAUCGCGAGUCCUGCAUCAACAGGCAGUGCCGCAACCCCUGUAACUGCGGUACCAACGCGGUCUGCUACGUGAGGAACCACAAACCAGUGUGCUCGUGCGAGCAGAAUUAUCAGGGCAACCCUGAAAUCGCUUGUCACUCGGUCGAGUGCCGGUACGACAGCCAGUGCACGCGCGAUAAGACCUGCGAGAACAACAACUGCGUGAAUCCGUGCCUGGUCGCGGAUUCGUGCGGCGACAACGCCGAAUGCUUCCCGAACAACCAUGCUGCUCAGUGUCGCUGUCGCAAGGGCUACUACGGCAAUCCGCUGGAUCGCUGCCGCGUGAUCGGCUGUUACAGCAACGGUGACUGUCCAGGCGAUCACUCGUGCAUCAACAUGCAAUGCAUCGACCCGUGCGUGCACGACAAUCCGUGCUCGGCACGCGCGGAGUGUCGGGUCCUGAACCACCUGCCGAUAUGCCGUUGCCCGCCGCGCUUCACCGGAAACCCAUACAUCAACUGCCGACCGGAAGUCAGGCCCGAGUGCAGGGAGGACAGUGACUGUCCGGAUUCACUUGCUUGCCUGAGCAACAAGUGCCAGAACCCGUGUCCGGUCAUACAGCCGUGCACGGAACCGUCCGAGUGUCGGGUCCUGCCGACGCAUCCGGUGCGCACCAUGGUCUGCGUGUGUCCCAGCGGCUACGUCAGCAGUGGCAGCGGUACCUGCCGUGCCACCAAGCCGAUUCUUAAAAUCGAGUGCGUCAAGGAUGACGAUUGUCCGUCGGAACGAUCGUGCGUGAACGCGGUCUGCAGAGACCCGUGCGCGUGUGGACCCAACGCCGUCUGCAACGUCGUCAAUCACAAACCGAUAUGUUCGUGCACACUGGGAUACGACGGAAAUCCGGAUAUCCUUUGCACGAGAGUUGCAGGAUGUAGAGCCGAUGGUGAUUGUAGCGGUUCGCACGCGUGCGUCCAACACAACUGCGUGCCGGUAUGUUCGCCGUCGUUGGCCUCUUGCGGCAAGAACGCCGUGUGUCACGGUAUAAAUCACAAAGCUAUCUGCGAAUGUCCACCUGGUUUCGGUGGCAAUCCGAGGGUCUCCUGCGUGCUGCUGGGAUGCAGAAGCAACUCGGACUGUCCAACGAACAAAGCCUGCAUCAACAAUCGCUGCGAGAAUCCCUGCGCACAGAAUCCGUGCACCGGUAACAUGGACUGCAACGUUUACAAUCACAUCGUGGAAUGCGUGUGUCCACCUGGCUACGUCGGCGAUGCUAAAGCGGGAUGUACUAAAGUUAAAGAGAAGUGCAAGGCAGACAAUGAAUGUCCAUCUCAGACCGCAUGCUUCAACGGACAAUGCAUCAAUCCAUGCACGAAGAUCAAACCUUGCGGCAUUAAUGCCGAGUGCAAAGUCUUGGACACCAGCCCGAUCAGGACCAUGAUAUGCGAGUGUCUUCCAGGAUACCGCGGAAAUGCCGUUGUCCGCUGUGACGAAGUGAGCGUGUGCGCGAUCGAGAAAGGCCAAUUCCGCGACCAUUACGGCAAUUGCGUCUGCCAGCCUGGUUUCGGCAAAGAUGAGAACGACGAUUGCAUACCUUGCCAGAAGCAGUUGAAUAUGGUGGUAAACGAGGAAGGUUAUUGCGUAUGCGAUCUGGAGAAGGGCUUCAGCAUAGAUGAAUACGGCCGCUGCGUCUGCCCCACGCGAUACGGAUACAGAAUAGACGCCAAUGGAUAUUGCAGACCAAUCGCUGUAGCAGAAUGCACGCGUAACGAUGACUGCGCCGAUGACAAAUACUGCGAUAAGACCACCCGCACGUGCGAAAAUGCCUGCAGAAAGCAACAAUGCGGCGUGUACGCGAUUUGCAAUGCUACCCGACAUCAACCCGUCUGCGUCUGCGAAAACGAUUAUUUGGGCAACCCAUACACGCAAUGCUUCCGACCAGGGUGGCCGGACAAGGAUGGCCGAACGGACUUCCCCAGACCGGACAUGGACGUGAGCUGCUUGUCCGACGGGGUGCAAGUUGUGAUACAUCUGCAAGAUCAAGACUUCGAUGGAGUCUUGUACGUCAAAGGACGCAGCAAGGAUGAGCAGUGUAGACGAGUUGUCUCCUUACCAUCUGACACCGCACAUAAAACGGAGACGUUCAAAGUUGCGUUCGGCAAUUGCGGACUGAUACACGUCAACGGACAAGCCAGCUUCGUCCUUGUCAUACAGAAACAUCCGAAGUUGAUGACCUACAAAGCACAAGCCUAUCACAUCAAGUGUAUAUAUCAGACUGGAGAACAGAACGUCACCCUUGGCUUCAACGUCUCCAUGCUGACGACCGCCGGAACAAUCGCCAACACCGGUCCACCGCCCGUAUGUGUGAUGAAGAUAGUUGCGCAGAACGGAAAUGAAAUCAAUUCGGCCGAGAUUGGAGACAAUCUGAUGCUCCAAGUGGAGGUUCAACCUUCCACUAUUUACGGUGGAUUCGCGCGCAACUGCAUUGCCAAGACUAUGGAGGAUAAUUUGGAGAACGAGUACGUAGUAACGGACGAAAACGGCUGCGCGACGGACCCCACGAUAUUCGGUGAGUGGGAGCAGAACCCCGACACCCAGUCCUUGAUGGCUAGUUUCAACGCGUUCAAGUUCCCCAGCAGCGACAACAUAAGAUUCCAGUGCAACAUACGCGUAUGCUUCGGACGCUGUCAACCUGUAAAUUGUCGAGGCUACAACGCCUUCGGCCGUCGUCGCAGAGACGUAGACUCCGAGAUGAACGACACGUCUCUGAGUAUAUCUGACGGAUUCGAGGGUCAACUUCGUGAGGAGAUCACUAUUCAGUCGAACUUAAUAUUGACUCUGGAAAGGAAAGAGGAGAGGUACACAGCGGAUCCAGCUGAAGCUCCUUCAGCGCAACGAGUGGAAGAUAUCUGUGUUUCUAUGGUCGGCUUUAUCAUAGCGUUGAUAAUUACGGCGCUCCUGGCACUGGUUGCCGUAGCUAUCGCUGUGUCAUGCUGGCUUAUGGCGUAUCGACGUCAGCCAAAGACUGCUGGACCACUGCCACACCCACCAGAGUUCCCGAACCCCCUGUUCACUACUGAAUCCGUAGCUGAACCCUCUCCUGACUAUCACCUAUCAUAAGUCCGUUAGAGUAAUUAAUAUUUUUUUAUAAAUAACAUUAAUUUUAUAUUCCUCGGUGGAAUGCAUCUCAGACCAUGCGUCCUAUUGGUCGGUUUUGUAUUUCUGUACACAACUCCUCCAGUGACUACCACUCUGUCUCUUUCUCUCCCUCUUCGUGUUCUCGUCUCAAGGGUUCCAACGAUAAGUCACUAUUCUUGUAUUACGACUCACGCGAUAUACACACACGUACUAUUUAUGGUGAUGGUUUGCUUCCAUUAUCUACUCGCGAGUAAAAACAAUUGCGGGACUAUCUUCCCCUUCGUGCAUCUCUCCUGUAUUCUCUAGUCAGUGGAGGAUUUGCUAAAUGUAAUGCUGCGAAUUUAAUUCCUGUGUAAAGUCAACGAAUUAGUCUAAUCUAGCUUUCUUAUCGCGAAAAUAGGUAACUGUACAUUUUAUCUAAUAAAACGCUAACGAAAUAUUUUUA